ACGUCCUUGGCCAACUCAGUAAUGUAAUGAAACCUGAACCUCUCCACACCUUUGCUUAAUAACCAUUGCCAUGCUUACUUCGCUCCCUGUGGUCGUGCCUGGGGAACAGGUCAGAGUCUUGCCCAGGCACACUGGUAGGGGGGGGUGCAGGAGGUGUGUUGGGUUCAAGCUUAGGGUUCGGUCCUAACUCUCGCCUGCGGUCCGGUGGGGGGUCCUGCCGCAUCAGGUCCCGAGACCGGCCCAAUAUCAUCCUCUCCAACAUGAUGUUGCGGGGCAGAACUGGAAGCAACCCAGACACAACUGCGGUUGGCGUUACACCUUCAGCACUUCCUGCACCAUCUCCACCGACAUCUGUCCAGACCUCUGCAGAUAUCCCAUCAGAAGCACCUCGACGCGCAAAACAACCUGCUCCCUUAGUCCGUGAGAGGUUCCGUUGCAUAGUACCGUACCCACCAAAUAGUGAAUAUGAGUUAGAACUGCAACUUGGGGACAUCAUAUACGUGCACAAGAAACGAGAAGAUGGCUGGUACAAGGGAACUUUACAGCGUACUGGGAAGACUGGUUUGUUUCCGGCCAGUUUUGUAGAAUCUUGUUAGCUCAGAUAAGCGUUUUUGUAUCAGAUCCAUUUCAAACUAUAGCAACUCAUUUAACUGAAGAAGACUUACAGAGAGAAUAGCUCUGUACAUGCCAAGACUUUCUAGAAGUUGGAGAGGGGUUUUGAUACUUUUUUAAAAGCUGACAGAAUAAACGCUUUACAGUUAGCAUUUUUUCCUUUUUAAGAUGGAAUGGCUCAGCAACUCUGUAUUAUGCAUUGAGAAUAAAUAGCCCUCUAGGAACUGGUAUUUCGAACAUGCUACAAGCUGAGCAGAGCUGAAGUACAUAAAUUGAUUCAGUUAUGUCUUGAGGUCUGUUCUUUUUGUGUUGAUAUUGUUGACCAUGAUGACAGUUUAACUUUGCUUGAUUAUGUUUUUAUAUGUUGAUAUGAUUAUUUUCUCUUUAUUAUUAUUAUUAUUAUUAUUAUUACUAUUAUAAUUAUCAUCAUCAUCAUCAUCAUCAUCCCAUCCUCAUUACCAUCAACAUUAUCUGAAUCACCAUCACCUUCACAUUGUUCAGAUAGUAAGCAGUGAAAUUAUGUUACAACAGGGAGCAGUAACAUGAUAGAUAAUAGGCAGUUUAAGAUUCUCUGUUAUUUUGUUCAUAACUUUUUUACACAGGCAGAUAAAACAGACAAGCACACACACAAAUUAAAUUACAAAUACAUGCAAAAGAUAUAUUUAUAAACAAGCACACACAAACUAUCAGGGAUACCCUGAUCCGAGAAUCCCAGGUUUCUCUCCCGGCUGCAUCCUUUAGGUAACCAUCUUGCUCUGUAAGCUGAGUGGCAUAAGAUCAAGGCUAUGGCUAAUCACUGCAGUGUUGCUCCUCACCAUAUUAUCACAUUAUUAUUAUUAUUAUUAUUAUUAUUAUUAUUAUUAUUAUUAUUAUUAUUAUGAUGAUUAUUAUAGGACCUAGACUGUUAUUAUUGUUACUAUUAAUGAGAGUUACAAUUUUAGUUGAUUUUUUAUAUCUGCUAUUUUCAUUACUGUUAUUUGUAUGAUUUUCUUGCAUUAGUAAUUGAUUUAGUAGCUGAUAUUAUCAUCACUGUUUUAACAAUUUUUUUGACUGAACUAUGAAAGUCUUUCAUGUUGCUUGCCAUACGAGUUGUGAAUUCAUCUCCUUUAGUCAUCAUCAUUAAUUGUGUUGUUGUAUAUGGUUAAGAUUUAAAGAGGAAUAUUCAAGACAAGAGAUGUCAUGCUUUUGUCAUAUUCUUUUUUUUAUGAAAUUUGAAAAAAAAAAAUCUUUGUUGACAUGUAGUUUACAAGUUUCAUAUGAUUUUGUACAAACUAUUCUUUUUAACCCCCAGAUAAAAGAGAAUGUGAGUUCCUUUACUGUAAAAGCAUUUUUUCAUUAUUGCUGUACAGGAGGGUGCUAAUGGUAUUCUAGGUUAUCUGGUAGGAGUGAAAUCGGUCUUUCACACAAGACGGAGAAAAAUCUUGCUGCUGAAUCUUUUGUUGCUCAAAAUCAUUUGGUUGAAUCAAGUUGAAUGUACAUUCUGUCAUCAGCUUGGGGAAACAAGAUGGAAUUAUUUGUUCCAGUAUAUGAUUUAUGCUGGACAGAUCCCUUGAUUCACUGCUGCUGUGGUGCAAAUUCUAUGGUCUAUUCCAGACGUGGCCACAUGAGCAGCCAUGUCGGGAUGUCAGUGCAGUUAGAUUUCAGGGAGUUAACUGGAUGUAAAUAAAGAUGGGAUUCACAGUUGGAAAUUGUUUUUGUUGAAUACUAAUAACUUGCAGUUAUUUUUGAAAAUAAUGAAAUUUGAAAGUAAUGGCAUACCACAUUGUGUAUGUCUAGUAUUGAUAUUUUUCUGUCCAGCAGCUAGGUAAGAGAAAAUGAGAUUAGAUGGUACAAAUUAUACUCUUCGGUGCUUUUUUUUUUCUUUUUUUCCAGAGCUUGCAUGCCAUGCCUCAUUCAACUUAUAACUUAUUUUGUUAGUAUUUAAUCCGUUAGUGUUGGCUCUGUGGCAGUACAGUUGAACAAUUUGGAUUUUAAGAAUAAGCCUCUGUAGUCUUGAGGAUUAUAUAGUGUAAGGAUUGUUCAAGGAGCUUAUAGUCCUAGGUUUGCAGAGUAGCAAAGUUUAUUAUGAAAGGAUUGCUUAUAUUUGGUAUAAGAUAAUUUAUGUGGACAUGCACACUUGUAUGCACACACACACACACACACACACACACACACACACACACACACAC